UAUACUAUAUUAAAAGGGGCUGAGGGAGGCUUUUUAGAGUGUCCACGUCGGACAGGAAAAUAGUCCAAUCAGAACAUUUCGUUUUGCCACAUCACCAUGUACUUUUUUUGGUUUAUGAUUGUACGUAUGGGCUCUCUCUAAUAGUCAAGGUAGACUUCUGUAUGGGCUCUCUCUAAAAAAAAUAUUGGCCCACCCAGCUCCUACUUCUUAGUCUUCAAGCUUCGGAAGUCUCUCUCCCGACGAUUUCACUUCAUCUUCUCCAAUCCCUAAUUUUUUUUUUUGCCGUUAUCUUAUCAUCAAUGACUAUGUUAAAGCGAUUCUUCAAUAAACGAUAUCCAUGGCAAUGAAAUCCACCACGAAGUCUCAGCUAGCCACCGGCAAAUCUUCCGUCGCCAUGUACUUCAACGACAUCUCGCCGGGACUUUCUGAGUCACAGCUUCGAUUCCGAUUGAUCCAUUUUUGGGAGGCAAAGAACAUCGCCAAAGGUGGGACUUUAAUUGGAAUAGAACUUCUACUCAUCGAUGAACAGGGGACUGUGAUGCAAGGUUUCAUAUCCUCUUAUCGUGCUCCAACAUACCGGCGUCAUCUUAAAGCAGGAGCAACUUACACCCUCCAGAAUUUUUACGCUGCCACAAGCAAGGAAAUUUAUCGCGUUGCUGAUCAGAGUUUAACAGUUUCGUUCUCCAACGGCUCUGUUCUCUCUCCCCUUGACGACAUCCCUGUCUCUGUCUCUUUUCCCCCAGACAGGUUCAGGUUCCAUACACAUGAGGAUUUCCAAGCUAACCGUGGACUCAGGGGUGACCUCUACGAUGUCGUCGGCCACUUGAGGCUGGUGAAUGGACAGUCCCUCAGUGACCGCCCCAUCCUUGACGAGUCCGAAAUGAUCAGCAUGCGUCAUAUUUUGGUGCAUUUGCAGACAAAAGAUGGACCAGUUAUGAAGCUCUACCUUUGGGACCAAGCUGCAAAAGACUUUUACAAGAAAUUCACAUCCAGUGAAGACACUCCCACCGUUCUUUUGGUCACAACUGUGAACCCAAAAACUGUAGCAGGUAACUUAGCUCUCAGUUCGAUGUCAUCCUCACGUGUCUUCAUAGACAAAGAUAUCCAGCCCACGAUUGAUUACUUCAGCUGGUUAGUAAUUCUAGAUACAGCAUGUCAAUUCCAAGUAGUGUUCUGUUUAGUAUUUUUUGAGUGGGCCUUACUAAACUUAUGUUUUGUAUAUUGUCUCAGGUUGAGUUCUAACCCAGAGAUUGGAAAGCAGGUUAAUGCAGAUGAGGUUACUAGGGUUGAGACAAUGACAAUUGGGCAGAUCUUUGCUUACAUCAAGCAGGAAUAUGCCAAGGAAGCUUCUUUCAACUGCAUAGCCACAAUUGGUGAUGUUAAGCAUGACAGUCCAUGGUACUAUAUUUCUUGCGGUGGUUGUCACACUAAGGCCACCCGAGGUCCUUCUUCGUUGAUGUGCGCCAAGUGUGGCAACACUAACGUUUCUGGUGAAGCAAAGUAUCGUGCAGAGAUCUCUGUCUAUGACAGUAAUGACCAGGCUGUUUUCGUCCUACUUGGUGAUGCAGGAAGUGAGUUGACAGGGAAGCAAGCAGCAGAAUUGGUUGCCAACUACUUUGAGGCUAAUCAAGAACUUAGUGCUGGCCAUCAGAUGCCUGCCCCCCAAGCUUUAAUCGACACUAUUGGGCAUACACAUAAGUUCAGGGUCAAGGUGUCUAAACUCAACUUCACAGGCAAGGUUCAGUCUAUAACUGUUACUAGGAUUGUCUCAGCAGAGGAUCUGCCACCUGUGCCAAAUCCUACUGAAAUCCCACUUGCUGCGGAAGAUGAAGUAGCUUUGCCUACUGCAAGUGUCUUUGAUGGCUCUGGAUUCAAUGCUGAAGGUGGGACUGAAGGUACCAGUGACAUGGAUGAAUCACAGAAGGCUAAGCGUCCUAAACGCCAUGCAUGCUGAGUGGUCGUCUUCUUUAUUUUCAGCUUGAGUGUUUUUUCCCUUAUUUAAAACUUUGUUUUGGUUUAAUAUUUUUGCAAACAGUUUCAUUAUUUGUUUAGUCUUUGACUUCGUUUGAAUGUAUGAUGGUUUUCAGCUUUCAAAAGAAACAAAUGUUAUUUCA